AUGGCAGACACUGAAGAUAACUCCGCUGGGCCCUCAGUCAAAGCACACGAAGAGGAGAAGGAAGAAGCGCCAGAGUCUCCUGAAGUCGAAUUUGAACCGGUCAUCAAACUUAAUCAAGUGGAAAUUAAGACUCUCGAGGAAGAUGAAGAUGUUUUAUUUAAAAUGCGAGCAAAAUUGUUUCGAUUUGAUAAGCCAUUAAAAGAAUGGAAGGAGCGUGGAAUUGGUGAUGUGCGUUUUCUUCAGCACAAGGAAACUAAGAAAGUCCGUUUGGUAAUGCGACGAGAUAAGACACAUAAAGUGUGCGCUAAUCAUUACGUCACACCGGAAAUGCAGCUUUCGCCUAAUGUUGGUUCAGACCGUUCCUGGGUUUGGAGCGUCGCUGCUGAUGUGUCGGACGGUGAACCCAAGGCAGAAACAUUAGCUAUUCGAUUUGCAAAUCCAGAAAAUGCGAACACCUUUAAAGAGAAAUUCCUCGAGGUUCGAGAGAUCAAUGCUGAGUUAAUGAAUAAGAAUAAAAACAAAGAACAAGAUUCCACCAAGGAAUCUGACAAGGUACAAACAAUAGGCGAGGAAUCAAAACAGACGGAUAAAUCGCCAGCCGAGGCCAGUGAUUAG